CUUUUAUACAACUAGAAACCAUUUUUCUGUGUGUAAAAGGGGAGGAAACAAACAAGUACUCUGCAAUGGCUCUUUCCUCUACUUUUUCUUCCAAUUUGAGCUUGGGACUCAAAUCUCAGCUUACCCAAUCCCAAUCCCAAUCCCAGUCUCAGUCCCACACUUUUCAGCUUUGCUGUAAAACACUGCCAUUAAUGCGCAGAACAAAGGCUAACAUGUUUAACCCUAUCGUUAAUCAGGCCUUAACUACAACUGAAGUUCCACAGCGCCGCAUUGGAAAACAUCAUCCCAAUUUGUGGGCCGACGAGUUUAUACAGUCUCUUCCAAACCAUCCUUAUCAGGCUCCUCACUAUGCUGAGCGUUGUGGGAAACUUAUUAGCGAGAUCAAACACAGAUUCAACGCAGCUGCUGGUGGUGAGAACAUUGUUUCCAAACUUCUUUCCCUGGUCGAUGAUAUCGAACGCCUUGGAAUAGAUCGACAUUUUCAAGAGGAAAUAAAAGAAGCCCUUCAAUUGGUUCACAGGAAUUGGAAUGACUGCCAAAGAGAUCUAAACACCACGGCCUUGGGCUUCCGGAUUCUUAGGCUCCAUAGAUACUCUGUUUCUCCAGGAAUGUUGGGACCCUUUAGAACAGCAAAUGGGCAGUUCUUUUGCUCCACCGCCCAGACAGAGGAGGGGAAAAUCAAAGGUAUUCUAAAUUUGUACCGAGCUUCAUAUAUUGCAUUUCCUGGGGAGAAAAUUUUGGAUGAGGCUCAGGAAUUCUCUACAACAUAUUUAAGAGAAGCUCUGCAGAAGACAGGGAUCAGCUCCAACCUUUUACAUGAGGUAUCAGUCAAUCUGAGGUAUGAUUGGUACGCAUUUCUGCCCAGAUUGGAAGCAAGGAAAUAUAUUGAAAUCUAUGGGGAAAACAGUUCAUGGGCCAGGACGGAGGAUAAUGAGAAGCUUUUAUCUCUUGCAAAAAUGGAUUUCAACAUGGUCCAGUCAUUGUAUCAGCAAGAGCUUAAAGAUUUUUCAAGAUGGUGGAGAGAAUCUGGUUUGCCUAAUGUAGAUUUUGCUCGCCAUCGUCAUGUAGAAUUUUUCUUUAUGGCAUGUGCAAUUUGUGAGGAUGAGAAGUAUUCUGCAUUCAGAUCAAGCCUUGCAAAGUCUUGUGUACUUGCAACAUAUUUAGAUGACACAUAUGACACAUAUGGAACAGUUGAUGAACUGAAACUCCUCACAGAAGCAAUUAAGAAGUGGGAUCCAACAUCUAUAGACCAGCUCCCUGAUUAUAUGAAAAUUAUAUACAUGGUAUUGUAUAAUGGAGUCAAUGAAAUGGAUCGAGAAGCUCAAAAGUUUCAAGGCCGAGACACUCUCUCACAUGCUAAAGAUGCUUGGGAAACGUAUAUAGAUGCUAUGCUACAAGAAGCUGUGUGGAAUGCUACAAAACACAUACCGACUUUGGUAGAGCACAUAGAGAAUGGACAUGUUAGUUCAGGGAAACGUCCAACAACAUUGCAAGCUAUAUUAACAGUAGAUGGGAUUGUUUCAGAAAAUAUCUUUCAUAAAAUUGAUUAUCCAUCAAGGUUUGAUUAUCUUGGAGGCUUUAGUCUUCGAGUAAGAGGUGACAUCAAAUCCUUUAAGGGUGAGGUAGAUCGAGGAGAAACAAAUUCAUCCAUAGUGUCCUAUAUGAAAGAUAAUCCAGGAUCCACUGAAGAAGAUGCCUUGAACUAUCUUCAAAAUUUAUUGGAUGAAAGACACAAAGAAUUAAAUUGGGAGCUUCUAAAAAUUGAUGGCGUUCCAACUUGUACCAAGGAUUAUUCUUAUGAUGUUGCAAGGGGUUACCUACAUUUCUAUAAUGAGAGAGAUGGUUUCAGUUUUGCAUAUCAAGAAAUACAAGACCAUGUAAAUCAAAUCCUCAUUGAACCUGUAACUAUGUAACUCCUCAAUGUAGUCAACAAAUAUCUACAAUCGCAUAAGUCUCUUUUUUGUUCACUAAGAGACAUUUAGAAUUAUCAAUGAUAUAUAAAUUGUUGAUCCUUUCUAA